CCAGCUUUCAGCAACGUCUCGGCGAAGCGCGCGCGAGGGCCAUCAAACGAAAGCGAAGAGUGUCGAAGUAGGAUUUUAAUUUUACACACGAUGGCCGAGUCCGGCAAGAGAAGGCGAGUCAGCCAUGCCAACAGGAGCUCACAAACGUUUAUUAACAGUUUAGCAAAGAUAUUCGAAGGCGGAGGAACUGUCAGAGAGGGUAAUUUUGUGGAGGGCUCCAUACUUCGCAUCACCAUGAGAAACUUCCUGACCUAUGACCACUCAGUGGUGUUACCUGGACCCAACCUGAACAUGAUAGUUGGAGCCAAUGGAACUGGCAAAUCGAGCAUUGUGUGCGCUAUAUGUCUCGGUCUUGCUGGCAAGACUGCUAUCCUGGGCAGAGGCGAUAAGGUUGGGCUCUAUGUCAAACGGGGGUGCAACAAAGGAUCUGUUGAGCUUGAAUUGUACAAAAAUGAUGGUAAUAUAGUGAUAAACAGAGAGAUUCAUGUGGAGAACAAUCAGUCGCUGUGGAUGCUGAAUGGAAAACACUGCAACCAGAAAACAGUUGAAGAGGAGGUCAAGGCGUUGCAUAUUCAGGUUGGCAACCUCUGCCAAUUUCUACCUCAGGAAAAAGUGGGAGAGUUUGCAAAGAUGUCUAAAAUUGAGUUGCUGGAGGCGACAGAGAAGUCAGUGGGACCACCUGAGAUGUACAGGUACCACUGUGUGCUCAAAAAUUUCCGACACAAAGAACGGGAACUGGAGAACACGGUGAAGGAAAAGGCUAACUUCCUGGAGAAGGCCAAGCAAAGGAAUGAGAGGAACAAACAUGAUAUGAACCGUUACUACGAAAAGAAAAGGCAUCUUGAUGUGAUUGAGUUGCUCGAUAAGAAGAAACCAUGGGUGGAGUAUGAGACCACCCGUAAGGAGCUUGAGGGUGUGAAGAAGGAGCGAGAAGAGGCCAAAAAACAGCUCUCUGCUCUGAGGCAGGCCCAGGCGCCCAUGUUGAAGAAGAUGCAGCAGAUUGACAACCACCUUCAGCCCACUGAGGCACAAAUAAAAACUAAGACGGUUGCCAUCAAAGAAGCUUCUCUGAAGUGCAAACAGAAACAAGAUCAGUUGGACCAAAAACACAAGCAGAUUGAUGAUAUCAAACAAACCCAGAGACUGAAGCAGAUGGAAGACGAAGACCACCAAAAGCGAAUCAGCAACACCAAACGGACCAUCGAGGACAUGAAGGCGGAACUCUCCAAGGUUGCUGAUCAGCCAGACGUGACGCCAAGAAUCAAUGAAGUCAACGUUGAGCUGAGGCGCAUUCAGGUCGAGAGAGCCAAGAUUGAAGGAGAGAAGUCCGACCUUCGCAGGGAAAAGGACCAUGUUAUAGCUGAAGGCAGAAUGUUGGAGAAAAACUCAAAGACAUGAACAACAUGAUGAAUGCCAAAGAGGAGAAGCUGCGAGGACGCCACAGGGACACACACACGCCCUCCAGUGGCUC